UGUGGGCGGGCGUGCCAGCUGGGCAACCGGAGCUAAGAAGCGCCCCGCAGCUUUGGGGAGUGACGGAAGGAGAAUGCGGAGUCUCCUUCCCGGGACGCAGAGGCGGCGGGAGAGCACCAGCACCAGCACCCUCUAAGCUUUCGGCCGCCACCAGGGGCUUCAGACAGGUGAGGCGGGCAGGCAGGCAGGCGGCCGCCCGGGAGCUGAGACCCAGGCGGUUCCCUUCGCGCCCUGCUGGGAGUAGGCGCAGUUUGCAUUCCGCCCUCCGCUGGACUUCCACCUGGAGCUUACAGCCGUCUUAAAAGAGAAAUGGACCGUCAGAUCUGCGCAGUCUCGAGCAACGUGCCUCUCUCCGGGCGGAAAGCCAAGCCAAAAGCUCCCCUUCCUCCACUGGAAACAAAAGCUACUGAUUGCUCGUCUUUUGAUGAUCUGGAACUAGCUAACUACACUAUGGAGCAAAAAGAAAAUAUUAUUGACAGAGACAUUGAGCUGUCUGUGGUUCUUCCUGGAGAGGUGAUCAAGACUACUAAUGUUAAUGGCAGCAAACCAAUGAUGGACUUAUUGGUAUACCUUUGUGCACAAUACCAUUUAAAUCCCGCAAGCCAUACUAUCGACCUGAUGUCAGCUGAAAAGAAACCAAUCAAAUUCAAACCUAAUACACCUAUUGGGAUGCUUGAAGUUGACCAAGUGAUUUUAAAGCCAAAACAGAUAGAUAAGAAAAAGCCUAUUCCUAUCAUCCCAGAGCAAACUGUGAGAGUUGUGGUAAAUUACAAGAAGACACAGAAGACAAUUAUCCGAGUUAGUCCUUAUGCACCACUUCAAGAAAUUGUGCAACUUAUCAGCAACAAAUGUGAUUUUGAUCCUUUACACACUAUUUUGCUAAAGACCUAUCAAUCUCGGGAGACUCUUGACUUGACAAAAUCCCUUAAUGACCUUGGACUCAGAGAAUUAUAUGCAAUGGAUGUCAGCAGAGGCACAUCAGCUGCUGAAUACAGCUUGUCAUCAUUACAAGACUCUUUUCAGAAUGUACAAAAUUCAGAGAAUUUGAAGGAGAAAGAAAAUAAAGGAUUCUUUGGCAUAUUUCAACGAAGCAAAAAGAAACGACAACAAACGGCCAGUGCUCCUGCAACACCGCUCAUGAACAAGCCAAGGCCAGCCUUUGCUGUGAGAUCCAGUUCAAUCUCCAAACAGUAUGACUCAAAUACUCUGCCCUCUGAAAUGCCCAAAAAGCGACGAGCACCCUUGCCUCCAAUGCCUGCUUCUCAAAGUGUGCCCCAGGAUCUUGCCCAAACCCAGGAUAAACCUAAGAUUUGUAUGCUGAAAUCCAGUAGCAUGGAUGAAACUGAUAAGGGACUCUCAGGAGUAGGAAUAGUGAGGACAGGUUCUCUUCACCUCAGUGGCACGUCCUCAGUUAAUUCUUCUUUAAGGCGGGCAAAGCGCAAAGCACCUUCUCCACCUCCCAGGAAACUGCAAGGCCAAAGUGACCCCAGCAUUGACACAGGAUCAGAAUCUGCAGAAUCAAUUCAUGUAGAAGGCAUUGGCAGAGGAAGAUACUCAGACGUACAAUCUCCAACAGGCAAUAUAGUUGAUCUAACCAGGACUACAGUGGCAGCAGGUACCUCAUGCAGCUUUGAUCCAACCAAUCAUGAUCAAAACAAUGUCCAGCAAGUCUCAGAGGAAGGUAGAGUUUUGCUUAACGCUGAUACUCCAGAUGAAUCUGAAGUGUCGCUUAAAUCUGAUAUAGGCUCUGAAUAUAGCCUAGAGGAGAUAGAUGAGAAGGAAGAAAUGCACGAUGAGUCCCUUAGUGCUCCACUAGAAGCUUCUUUAGAAGUUCCACUAGAUGUUCAGAAGCAUGAACCUGCUUCCCAUCCAAGUUUUGGUAUUGGAGACAAUGCGCAAGAGUCAAAUGAAGAUAAAACAGAAAAUACGAGUGCAGGUGAUAAAGCCCAAGGUAGUGAAAUACUGAGAGAAAAAGUUAGCAUUCCCAAUGGCAUUGCGCCUGGAACGUUGCAGCCAAAUACAAAUAACGGCUGCAGUGAACCAACAUUUCCUCUGCCUUCUACCAAACUCAGUAAGGUAGAACUAAGCAAAAGUAACAAGUUUGAAACACUGGAUUUUGAAGCCUACAAACAUGACACCACUCUAAAUGGGGAACACACUCUUCAAGAAUCUCUGAGUGUGCAUGGUCAAAAACAUGAUCAGGUCAACGUAGAUGUAGUAAAGACUCAGGAUGCUGCAAUUCAGACAACGUCUGAAGAUAAUUUUGGUCGGACUGCAUUAAGUGAAAAUAGUGAUCAUCAGGGUCACAGACUGAGCACUUACAAAAAUUCAACCCAUGUACACAAGCCAGUGCAGGAAAAUCAUCCCUCAGGAGCCCUGAAUAGGAUGAAUAAGACCACAGGACAAGCAGCCGAAAACAGCGUGAAACCUAAUGGUGCCCAUGAUAAUGCUUUGGUAAAUGAUAACCAAGUUCUACCAGAGACAGUUGUCGGAAGCCCAGUUAGUUCUCCUACAAAAAGUUACCCGCUUUACCGACAAGAUUCAAAGCCUAAACCUAAGCCUUCCAAUGAAAUUACCAGAGACUACAUACCCAAAGUUGGAAUGACUACUUACAAAAUAGUACCUCCCAAAUUUUUGGAAACAGUGAAGAGUUGGGAAUUUGAUACUGUAGAAAGCCAAGGAGUAGCCCUAUCUCCCAAGAAUGAGAAUUCCCAAGAAUUUGGUACACAAACAGAAACUGCUAAUAUCUCAAAAAGGCUGAAUGAAACAGAACCUGAUUUUAAAAAUGAAGUUACGUUACAUGGGGUAAGGAAGGAUCUGCUGGCUGAAACAUAUACUAUUGCUGAUCAUAGCCCAGUUUCCUGCUCUAAUGCCAAAGGCCAGAAAAUGGAGGUAGAACAUUCCAGGCCUAAUCAAGACCAUCCAAUUCCCCCUUUAAUUCUAAAACCAGGAAACAAAAGUUCUCCGCCUGCAGUGCAAGAAAAACCAAAAAUCUUAAGUCCUCCAGUAAGACCAAGCAAUUUCUAUUUUCAGAUACAGAGGAGGACCUCAGAUCAUUAUGUAACUUCAGCAAUUGCCAGAAGUGGUUCUCUGAGCAGCCCUACUCAGAAUGAAGCUAAGGCUAUAGAGACAGAGAAAAAGCUGGCAUCACCAGAUCAAACUUGUUUUCCAUUUCCUAGAACAAUUACUGUUCCUUCGCAAUUAGCAGAGGAAACUACUGAAAAUGGAUGUAAUGAAGAAGAAAGAAAAGUCACCACUUCUCCUGUAAAAGCGUCUCAGCCGCUGAAUCCUCCUUCAUCCCAGUCUUCUCCGUUAAAUUUGAAAACUCUGAGGACUUUUGUUUUGCCACAACCAUAUUCUUGUCCUAAACCUUCACCUUUUGCUCUUGCUGUAUCAUCAGCAGUUAAAAGAUCGCAGUCAUUCAGUAAAACAUGCUCCAGUACAACCAGACCAUUAAAAGAACAAUCUUCUCUUGACCUGAGCUCAUCGGUAUCCAGCACUGAGAUAAAGGGUCAUUCGCCUGUACUGAGUCCAACAGCUCAGACACAGCAGAGCCUGACAGACAAGCAGAAGAAUAACGAUGCAAGUUAUGAGCAAAACAGGCAGGCUCCCCCUUUAUUCAACCAUCCAACCACCGCUCACUGUGAGAGAAGCAUUGCUGCAGCAGUCCAACGCUCUGACCCAGAACAGAUCCACCAGAGCUUGCUGGCUGCAAUCCGCUCUGGAGAGGCUGCUGCCAAAUUGAGACGGGUUGCACCUCCAUCAAACACUGUUGCCAUCAAUGGAAGAUCCAGUCUCAGUUCCUCAGUGUCCAUUGAAACAAGAUACAGUAGUCAUUAAGACUUUGUACCAAAUAUUUUGCACUUUAAUCACCAUUGCAUAAACCUACUGCAUAAACCCACUUCACAGUUAACUGCAUAUUACAAAGACUGUGUAAAUGCAGGAUUAUGUGGGUAUAUAUUGUCAAAAGUGAAGCAUAGAAACUUAAUGGAUGCCUCAAAGAAUUCUUAAAAUAUAUAAUUUAUGGCUUUUUUGCCCUUUCUCUUUAAAACUAAAAAUGCUGCUUCAGAACAUAUUCCAUGGCGCAGAAGAGUUGCAGGUCUUUGCUGUUGUAAUAAUCAGAUAAGUUAAUUCCACUUCAUCCAUAAUAAAUGAUGUGUGGCAAUAUGCUGUAUAAUGCUAAGAUUCAUCUUAAUUUUUGUAACUGCUUAAUAAUUGUGUUCAGACAUAUUUGAAUUUAAAUGUAGUUCUUCUCACCUGUUGCCUUGAAUGUUAAAUUUGCAAUUAAUUACUGCACUUAGCUAAUUAUUAUCUAGAAACUCUGUUGGGCAGAUUUUCUAGUCAAACAAAAAUGUAGAUGAGAUACAUCUAAAGUUAUACACUUCUAAAUCAGUUUGACUGCUUAUUGUUCUCACUUAAAUCAGUAGGACUUAAAGGUGCUUAACUUUGGCUGGAUCAUGCCUGUUUAGGUUGAUUGUUAGUUUGUUUCUAGUAUCAAAGUGAAAAAAAUAAAACAGAAAUUCCUUGGCACCUACUUUUUAACACUAUAUGUGGAUUUCCUUAUUUAAAACAUUUUUAGUCUCAGUGCUAUAGAGUGCUUAUAUCUGUGAUGUGUUGCAACAAUAUCGCCAGUAAAAUCACAGCUGUUUUUCAAAAGCAGCUGCCAAACCCAUAUCCCAAGUUAUGCUGAAAAAUAGUAACCUGUGAAGGCUUCUAGAGUGAACUCCUCAUGAUGCUCCUGAUGGGUAGGUCCCUGAAACCUCAGCUAGUAUGGCCAAUGAGGAUGGAUACUAAGAAUUGGGCAGUGCAGGAACAUCUGGAGGGGCACAGGUGUCCCAUCCUGCUCUAGGGGGAUACCAAAGGGCAGGUUCGUGUAGGCUGAACUGUACAUCUCAAAAAUAGGUGUGUGAUUUCAGGGUUCCUAUCAUUCAGAGUCCUGCAUAGAUUUGACUCUCCACUGCUAAGCUUCAGUAACUUCUAUCCACAUCUUUUUGUAAGUUUAAUAGCAAAGCACAUGUUGGAAACAGAUUUUUUUGGCAAAGACGGAAUCAUAGGACCUAUAGCUCAAAUAUUUGGAAAUCUGAGCUGACAGGAAGUAUUCAGAACCCAGCUCUGGGCUGUACUGAAGAUUCUGGAUACUUAUUUGGCAGUGGAUAUAAAUUUUCAAUAAAGACACUGAGCUGUGGAUCAGGUUUAGCUUGAGGCAUUCUCAAGGGAAAGUUGCAGUGGCAUAGAGGCAUAAGGCAUUUGAAAAUAGAUAAACUGUAGAUGAAUGCAGACUCUUGUGCACAGUUUUUUCUUCAAUGUUCAUAAAAGCAAACUAUUUUUAUGUCAGUUAAUUUUUAAAAUAUUUCUUUGACAUUCAGGAAAUUCAACAUAAGAUGGGGUGGGGAAAUGAGCUUAAUUUUCUCCUGAGGAAAGUGGUGGUGGUGGUGAUUUCUCCAAUUCAAAUUUGUUUUAGAAACAUUUUAGCAACACAAUGUCAACAGACUAGUUUUGUGUGUGUGUAUUUCCACCAUUGUAGAAUUUAAGAAUCACCUGUGGAACAGACGUGUUAUCUUGAGCAGAAAACCAAACCUUCAGUAACAGAUGUUUUGCUUUGUCUGUGUCUAUCCAUCUUUUCCUUCCAGUCUUGACAAACUAAUGUUGCAUUUCUGUGUUGGAAAUCUGUUUGUGACCCUAGUUCUGAUCAAGCAAUAAAUUGUAGAUAUACAUUGCAAAUAAUGGAAUAUUUUCAAUUUAAUAGUUCAUGGUGUUUUCAAAUAAAAGCAAUGCUAUUUAGUUUUA